GGCCGCGAUAACAAAGCGAAGUGCACAAGGCGUUUUGUAUAUUUAAAAGUGUGCUUUUAACACGUUGUUUGCUAUUUUAUUUUCAAUUUUACCUUGUUUCCAAGAACCUCAAAGGAAUAUUUUUGAUAUGUUUUGAAGAGAUGGUGUUUUAGUCAAGCUGGUCAAUCACGAGAAACAUCGCUAAUCUAAAAGGCUCUUUCUCCCGCCCACACGCUCGGCUGUCUACUGAGACGCGUGCCAACGUCACAGAUAUCCUUAUCAAGAAUAUCAACAUUCACUAAUCAAUAAUACCCGAAAGACCGGAACUUUUUCCCGCCCGUACUUCCGGGGCAGCAGUUUGGCGAAUAUGAUUAGGCAUUGUUUUUCUGUUGGAAACUACGUUUUUUUCUACGCUAAAAUCAUUCAAGGAUUUGAUUCAACAUGGCUCUUGUUCAACUACUAUGGUAACAAAGACGUGUCUCAACAAUGACGGUCAUUCCCUCGCGUCCUAUUCACAGUUACCAUUCAUAUGACAAGACGAAAGAGAUUUUCGCAUCACGAAAGUGUACCAACAGUGGCUAUGAUUCUGGAUACCAGACUCCGGCGAGUUGCGCAAAAUCCACGUGUCUCAGAGACACUAUAAACCGCCAAAAUGAUUCUUGUAUAUUAAGUCGAAAUACCGCUGGAAAUCGCGUUGAGAGAACCUUUAAAAGUCGAACCAAUUUAAGUAAUGUUUCAGCCGCUGUUUCUUGUUUUGAUAGUAAACAUACCCGCGCUGUUGAUGUAAAGCUUCCAUCUAAAGACUGUUCAGCGAAAUGUCAGUAUCAAAAACAAGAUUUUGAGCGCUUUGAAAAUGGAGUAAAGUGUUUCAAAGACUUUCAUAAAGAAGUUCCUGACAAAUGUAUUUCCGGGAAGAUGUUCCAGACGGGUUAUAGUGAAAAAAGACCCUGGAAUACGGGAUUUGAUACCGGAGUUUUAUACUCUACGGCGUUUGAUAUCCUGGUUGUAUUCCGUAUAGACUUUUGUACUUGUGUUAUUUUUUAUACAAAGUUUGGCGUCUCUCUUUCAUUCACGGGUGUUUGUACUUGGGUAAGAGUGUCUACGGAAGUUCGUAGCGGGAAGAUAUUACCGGGAUUAUGCGAUAAGUCGGAGGUUUGUAACCGGGUGAUUAAUCGUAUGGUACAAUGUUCCUGUAAGUAUCGUACGGUUGGUCGAAGAAAGGAGGGAGAACAAAAGAAUGGGAAACAGAAAAAGAACGAAAGUGGAAGCUAUGGCCGAAAGAGUGAGAAUGGACGAAGUAGGAGGACGAGCCAGGGUAACGGGAGUUCCGGUAUGGAGGGAAGUGGGGAAGGAUCUGGGAACGGGGAAGGUUCAGGGAAGGGGGAUGACUCUAGUGAUGACGACGAUGAUGAUGAUGAUGAUCAAGAUGAUGAAGAUGAUGAUGACGAGGAAGAAGGAGAUGAUGAAGACGAGAUCGAUACUGACAACGUUUCCGCAAUGGCAGAGGAUGAAGCUGAAGAAACUACUAAUGGUGGAGAAGAAAUGCUUGGAAACUGUGGCAAAGUGACAUCAACGACACUGGAGAUACACACCACUGGCCUGAAAGAUGACGUGGCUAAUGAUAAUGAUCAGAAUGCUGUGACGUCAUUGAUCGCACCUGCAGAACCAGGAACACCAGUCACUCUGUCGGGUGUGAUUUGGAAGGAGACAAUGGGAGGUGUAUUGGUGGUGAACUUGAAAUGGCGGAACAAGACAUAUUCAGGCAGCCUGAUCGAUCACUCACGCUACGGCUGGGCCAAUCCAAGAAACCUAGAAGAGUCUCAAGAAUGUGAUUUAUCCAGCACUAGUCGGAAAGGCAAGAGAGGAAAACACAAGGAGUCAGCGUACACUGGAAAUCCGUUGUCACCAAAAAUGAGCGGUAAACGAAGUUCAAGAUUUCAUCGCAACAAGGGCAAACAUAACAAAGAGUCGUCCACGAAAUCAAAAGCCAAACGAGGUUCAGACACAACCGAGGAGGGAACGAGAACUAGACGAAGGAGUUGUACGGUCAAGACUAGUGUUUCCCCCAGUCCCUCACCGACCCCGCUCAUUGAAUGCCCCGAGAGAAACUGUAAUAAGAGAUACAAACAUAUAAAUGGCCUGCGGUAUCAUCAGGCGCAUGCGCACCUUGAUAACGCGGAUGAUGGCGAUGACAAGGAUUCGUAUGACGAAGAUGACAUGAAGUCCCUGGAUCUCAAGGAACCGCUUUCCGCUAACUCCAAGUCGUCAGGCUCCGAUGACGUAAAACCGCUAAGCCACAGGAAGGCCAAGAGCCAAAAAGCAAAUUCUAAAACUAGCAGCGAAGUCUCGCUUCCUGACGAGACCGUGCAGAACGGCGAGAAAUUGGUUGUCAAGGAAGAGCCUCUUGACAAGUACGAGGACGUGGAUAUUAAGACUGAGGCGAGGUAUGACGUCACGGCGGAGCCUGAACCAAUGAAAGUUGAGGAAAGUCCAGCAACGACGAAACCUAAUAUAUUGGAAGAGGCCGUCAAGGUUCUGUUCGCCGAGCCCGCGGUAAGCCAAGACCCCAUUGCUUCUUCGGGUAUAUUUAGCAGGAUGACGUCACAGGCUAUACUAGCUGCCUCGCACCCCCCGGAAUAUAAGUACGUUGACUAUGAGCAAAUGGACGAGGAGACUGUGGGCGAGUACGGGGAGAAGUUUGAGACGAGUGGUGUAGCACAAGAGAUGGAUGUCACUGUGAAAGAAGAGGUUAUUGACGAGGGUCACGCCGGGGUGGCAAAGAUUCUAUCAUGCAAGGACGAAUCCACAGAAACCUUUCAACUUGAGAAGGCUGAGUUACGUUUUAAUGGCGCAAAAGCCACCGAGCUCACUGCCGAAGACGCGCCGAAGUGCACCGAAGAUGACAAAACAAAAUGGCUCCCGGAAAAGUCCGGGAAACCACGCAAGGGUGAUGUCGUGAGUGUUUCUAAGGAACAGAUCAAGACGUCAGCAGCUGAAAUCCGCUCGCUACCAGGCUACAAACAUUUUCGUCUCCCGCCAAACAACAACUCGGCAUUUUUGACCCAACCGAGAUCGCUGACCUUGGACACGGGAUUGUUGGAUUCCAAGGACCCACAAAAGGGUGGAAUGCCUAAAGACGCACCCAGACAGGAGAGGGCGGGGGAUAAAUCGGAUGGGACGAUGGUGUGGAAAAUGCAGGGGGUGCCCCUGGCAUCUUCAGCCUCGUUUCAACUUACAUGCGAAAGCAAAGGCCGCCCAACCUAUUUAAACGCAUCCAGGGUAACCACCAGCACUUGGGUACCAGAGGUUCAUCCUGCCGUCUUGAACAAGAUGACUGGUGGCGGCGUUCCUGGGCAGGAGGUUCUGCCCGAGAAGCCUCUUCUUCCCCCACGUGAAAUCCCUGAGGCGUUGUCACCACGAGCUCACGAGACUGCAGAAGAGCAAGAUAACGAAAGAACGAAGAUGGAGAAAGGGGACGACGAGAGAUCAAAAGGGACAUAUAGUGGUAAACCAGCCAGAGCAGUUGGGGUUGCACACCCUUUCAACGCUGAGAAAUCUGAGGGUGAAUUUGCGCUCGGUACUGUUGGGAAUAUUACCACCGACCCCGUGCGUGUGUUGUACUCGAAAUCCAGCAGUCCCAAAACGUCAGUCGAUCAUACCCAUCCAGAUAUGACAGAGGUUAAAAAGGUCAGAGUUGAGAAGACCCUUGAAGUCCCUGUUGGUGAGGUCGUUCCGCUGUCCAAGACGAGCAGAUCUGCAGUCACCAUGACCACUGCUAGAGGAUCUGUUAUGGUUGGCACUGGUAAUCUCAGCGAAGUCCGUGUUUCCGUGGCAGAUGAUCCACGAGUUCCACGAAUCAUCGCCCCUUCUCCUCCACCCAGAGACCCCCAGCAAACGUACACGCCAUCUUCAGGUGAGCGUUCAUCACCAUGGCGACCAGGCGGUGGCGUCUCCCCAUCUCGAGAUCAUGAGCCACGAUCACGUAGUGACACUGGCCAGCACUAUACUUCAACGGAAAGUAAUUCCUCGCGAAAGCCUUUCCGACGUUCGCCCGUCCCAGACCACCGCUCCCCGCCUUUCAAAGGAAGCUAUCUGUCUGCCGAUAUCGGAAGAAAGACACCGGAGAAAGAUGCCGCGGACAGAUUUCCCUAUCGAGACAAGAGGUUGCCAUUUCGAAACAUGGACGAACGGUUGACCCCGAAAGAUUCAAGUAAAGGUGUUAUAGAAAUUGCUCACCGAAACUCACCGGGUAAAGACAUCCAAGGAAGUUUGCACCCUCCGCGAUCAGACUCCCCGAGAAAAGACACACCCAGCACAUUUCACAGAUUAACUACGGGGUAUAGAGAUUCAGAAAGAAGCUCCCCUUACGGCGACUCCCGAAGACAUUACGACAAGUCACCGAUUCGAGACCGACGAUCUCCCGCUCAUCAACGACGCUCGCCGGAGAUGGUCGAAAGAGGCAUUUUCUUAGACACUAGUCCAAAACCCAUGAUGGAUCCCACGCGUCAUUCGCCAUACAGAGAGCGUACUGUGAAGCAGACUGGGGAGAGCGCGCUGGCGUCACCAAGAAAGGCCUCAAGAAGUCCUGGGGGAGAAUCAAGGACAGCCGAGGUCUCGCGUGGAUAUCGUACAAAGCCCGAAGUAUUGACAUCAAAAGAGACAGGGGACAGUGUAGGAUUACAACGAACAAUACAGGAAAAUAGGCAGUUUCAACGCAUGUCAGAAGAUGAGGCACUGCUGACCGCGGCAAGAAUAUACCAAUACCAAGCCGCCGCUGCAAGUUCGCAAGAUCCAGCGGCAAUGGAAAACUACAUGAUGUACUUGAGAAUGUCGUUUGGGCCUGGUUUUGACCCCAGGCUCAUGCCACCUUAUUCCAUGAUGACCGCGGCUCAGAUGCCAUUCUCCAUGCUCCAAACGGCGAAAGAAAAUACCGCGUCAAAGGAUGAAAAACCUAAGGAAGUACCUGACGAUAUUCGUAGAAAAACUUCCAUCCAAAAAACCGAUGCAUUACGCAGUAGGCUUGAGACAUCUGAGACUGAAAUGUUGGCCGGCAAACGUAAUGCUGAGAGAAUGAGCAGUUCUCGAGAGAAGACUGGAUACGAAUCCGCGUCGAUAAAACGAACAAAAGUGGCUGAAAUGAAGGGCGUUCAUGAAAUCAUUGACGAAAAGGAAGGUGAAAGAAUGCAUUUGAGGACUUUGGAACAGCGUGCCUUACAACAAGCAAUACAGCAUAAAAUGGACGCAUGCAUUCUUCAAGCUGAGAAGAAUCCAAAAAUCAAAGCAGAGUUGAAUCGCUCGAAGCCGCCAUCAUCCAGCAACACCUCGAGAUUAAAACAAGCAAGCCAGGAGUCCCGUACGAUGACUAAACGAGAGGAUAAACGUUAUUCAAAGGACGAGAAGUCAAGAAUUUCGCCCGCAAGCAUUUCCAGCCACGCCAGCGGCAACGACAGUUCGAUGACGGCCAGAACAAGGAAUCCUGACAGCAAGUCAUCAGUGCAAUCAUCUGGUACUCCAUAUCUGGACUUUGUCUCCGCACAAAGCCUACCUGCAAAUCAUGCAUUAUCGAGUAGUUACGAACAAGCCUUGGCUAUGCAAGGCUACCCACCCUACAUCAUGCCCUCGCCUUUCCACUUCGCCCCCGGAAUAAUGAUGGCCAACCCAGCCUUGGUUCCAGGCAGCCAACUACACGACGCCGUCACAGCUCGCGGGCUGGACCCAAAACGGGAUCCUACACGCAGUACCUCAUCAUCAAACGAUCGCGCUCGUCCCAGGGAUGAAGAGGAAAACGAUUCGAGAGGCGAAUCACGUGAAUUUAGCUCGAAAAAGGAAGUGCCGACCAUGCCUCGGAUUAACCCUCCGACUCCCCCACCGACGGACAAGGACAGGCCCAAAGAAAAAUCACGAGGAGACCACGAGGAGGGGAAACAACGCAGCAAAGAUUCACUUCAUGGUUCCCAGUCAUUGCCGGCGAAUCUAACCUACCGCCGGGGGGAUAUGUCCGGUGGGGUAUUAGACCAGGCACAAUUUGCUCAGGUCUUCCCGGGUAUGAUGUACCCCGGGGCGCAAGGUGCCUACAGGCAGCCAUACGACCAUCCCUUCAUCCCUCAUCCACGAAAAUGACGUGCCAAUUUUUAAACUGUAAAUGUUAGCGCCAUUGACACGAUUUCUAUUUGACUCCUUGCCUGACUUCACUCCCAUAAGCCACCCAUGACAUUAAGAAGCGAAUGGUAGAAUUAUUUUAUCUUUUUUAAAAGAGCGUG